UAAGCGCGCGCGCGAAGUAAACAUUCAUCAACACGCUUCUUGUGUGAGUGAGAGUGUGAGUGUGAGCUUCUCUCUCGUUACUCAGAUCAAGCCAAUUCGCCAUGUCUGCAACCAAAACCGUAUCGAGGAAGCGAGAAUCCGAACAACUCGAUCGCGCCAAAUCUGACAAGAAGAACCGAUCAAACGCCGCACACAAUCUCGAUCUCGAUCUCGAUUUCGAUCUCUCCGAUGAUCUCAAGGGAAUCGUGUCGGCGUUGAAUUUGAUCAGAGAUAAGGCUCAGAAGGAUGGUCAGAAGAAAAACGAAGAGACGAUUUCUAGUGUGGGCUCUGAGGUCAAGUCUAUGAUCGAGGAAAUGAGGUCCAAAUUCGAGAAGGACAGGCAAAAUUUUGCUAAGGCACUUUCAAAGAGUUCUAAAGAGUUUGAAAGUUCCUUGAAGAAUGAAACUGCUAAGUUUCAAGCACUUUAUGAGAAAUUUUCCAAAGAGAAAGCCGCUUCUCUGCAGGCCUUGAAAGAUACCAUAUCAAAAUAUGAAGAGGAAAAGGAAAAGCUAUUCACGAGAUAUGAACAACUGAGGAAGAAGGAAAAAGCUAUGAUAUCGGAGCAAGAAAAAGCCUGCAAUGAUAAAAUUGCUCAACUGGAACAGUCAUUGAAAAAGAAGAAACAGGAUGAUAAAACUUUCAGCAUCCUAAGGAAAACUCUUGGCUCAUUCUUGGAGAGUACUUCGGAUGAUGAUUUCCCACCUGAUGAUUGAAGACUUCAAUGCAGGGAGAUCUUCUAGUUCAGUCACUUUUACUGACUCUAAUCGUAUAGCUGAACAGUGGUUAUCAUAGGCAAACUAGAGAUGAACUCUCUUUCCAUAGUUUUCCUUAUAUUUUAUUCUCUUAUUACGAUCAACUGUUGAAAAUAUAAUUCUUACGAGUUAGGACACAAUUCCAAUGCAAUAUGUGAUUAUAUUACGAUAUAUAUAUUUCCUGAUCUUAA